CCUAUAAAGCUACAGUCAUUUCUGUUGGCUGUUGUAUCUCGCAACGAACUCCAAAAGUCCAUCUUUCUGCUUCCCUUCUACCAUUCUCUAUCUUCAUAAUCGCGAGGUUCCAGCCGCACUGUGCACCUCCGCUAGUCGCUAGGCCGACGGCGUCUAUUACCUUCGAAACGAGCAUUCCGCCACGAGGAUCCUAGGAUCGUGCAAGAAAGCCAAGUUUCAGGCUGUGUAUUAUCACCCCACCUUCCAACGCCAUUAGAUCUCCAUCAGUGUUUCCGUAUGGUGUGUUUUUGAUACGUACCAUAAUAACGUAUCGAUACUGUAUUGUACGGGGCUUGAUGCUGUCGUCGCCAUCAAGCCACAAACCAAAUCCUCUCCAUCGUCGCUGCUGGCUAGAUAAGGCUGCUUCCUCCCUUGGCUUGCACUCAGCAUCAUUUCGUCCCAUAUCCGCUGUCCUCCCCGAAUUAGCCUGCUGGCAAGCUACUUUACAUCGUUGUCGUUGCCUACCUCCGACUACUUCUACCUGCAUACAUUCUUCCUCAUUGUCAGUCAAGAUGGGACCUACGAAGCCUAUCUUAUACCCACUCACCACCCCAAAGACUAUGAACUUCCCUUCCGAGCUGCGGGAGCGGACUUUCACCACAUGCCUGGACAUGGACGGGUCAUGCAGCGUUGAGAAGCGGGGCGACGAGGAUAAUGACAUUGCCAUUACGCCUCCACCAGCCUAUACCGAGUUUCUCAACACCUUCAACCCCAUCUUCUCCAGUCCUACUUCCUCCCGCGCAAACUUCUCCAAGUAUAUGAUGGACAAGCCUCGUCCAUCGCCGGUGUCACCUCCCUCCAGCACCACCUCGACCACCUUCCCAAGCAGCUAUUCCUCCAGAGGAAGCUCCCUGACCGUCCCCCCCCAAGCUCCCACACCUCCAUACAGCGCCAAAAGUCCAAUUCAGAUUCAACGCAUGCGUCUACCACCGCCAUACGUCUACACACCUGUAUCUGAGUCCCCGCGCAGCGCACAUCCGCUCCGCUCACCCUAUUCCCCCUCAGACUACUGGCACAUCCGCCCUCUGGACUCACCUGCGAGUGAUUCUGGGAACUCGUUCAGCGUCCGACAUGUGGUGACAACUACAGUCACGUAUAAGCGGGCGCCUCAGCUUGAACCCCCUCCUCAAGGCAAGCGAAGAAGAAACGGCAACCACCGGAAUGCAUAGAAGUCAUUGGUCUGGCUU